AUUUGAGUGUGCUGCAAGUAUACAUCAAACUAUCUCCACAGCUCGCUAUUACUAUUACCCAACGACAACCAUCACCCCAUCCCUACAUUCAAUUUAGAACCUUUCUCUCGCAGCUGGCGUCUCCCUUGGUUUCUUUUUAUAUUCUUCUUUUCUCCACGCUGCCAUCUAAUUCCUUUUGCUCAGUACCCAUCUCUCCUCUUUACUACCAGUCCGAGGUGCUGCGCAUGACGCGCUCUCCACAACCUCUUUGAGCAUUUCUCUCUGUAUUAUCUCUUGUACUUGUGAAAUACAGCCGAAAUGACCUCAUUUGUCACUCGUAGCUCCAGCACGUUGGAGUCCUUGACGCAGUCACGUCCCAAGGUCGACAUCGAACUCACCAGAGAGACCGAAGGGCUUGUCAGUUCAUAUACCACUAAGGAUCGCAUUGAGGGGACGGUAGUGAUAACGGUAGACCGUGAUACUCGUUUUGAUGAUGUUGAAAUCACCUUUGAGGGAACAUCGAGAACUUCCGUGGAGCGUGUAGCGAUGCCAGGCCGUACAGGUGCUUACCAGACAUUCCUCCGACUUCGCCAACCGAUUGAGGACUCUGCCUAUCCUAUGCCCCGUGUGCUGGAGGCCGGGCGCACUUACAAGUUUCCAUUCACAUUUGUCGUGCCCGAUCGUCUCCUGCCACAUGUAUGUAGCCAUGCAAAGACGAAUGCCCAUGUCGAACGCUCUCACACUCUGCUCCCGCCUUCUCUCGGAGAUCCAAUGCUAGCCAAUGAUGGCAAGUCGCUCUUGAAUGACCUAGCCCCAGAUAUGUGCCGGAUAUCUUAUUUGAUCCGUGUGAGCGUGCAACGCAAACCAGAGAAUGCCCCGUCAAAGGCCUUGGCUUCGGUAGGAAAGAAGGUGCGGAUCAUUCCGGCCGUGGAUGAGGAGCCACCUUUGAACAUCGCGGACGACGACAGCUACUGCAUUCGGAAGGAGAAGGACGUCAAGCGCGGUUUCAUGAGAGGCAAGUUGGGCCGACUGGUUGUCGCCUCAUCGCAGCCCAAGCCUGUGCAACUGUGCCCACCAAAUAGCGAGGCCACUGAUUCGGUCAGCACUGCUGCUACAGUACACUUGCGAUUCGAUCCCGUGGGCAAUGAGGAACCUCCCCGCCUGGGCACGAUAUGGAGUAAGCUUCGAGUGUCCAGUCUGUUCAGCGCAGAGCCCUGGGGUGAUUACCCUUCCCCCCGAAAUGUGCCCUGGGCACAGAUAGGUCAAGGGUGUUACACCGAGACGGUCCCCCUCUCCACCAUGUGCGUGGCAUCUGCACACUGGACGAAGCAUACCAGCCCAAGGGGCCUCAGUCGCUGCGACUCAAUGGAGUCAACAUCAUCCUCGGAAUCUCUAACCGGUCCAUCGGCGUCUUUUACCGGAGAGACCUAUUAUACCGCAUCGGUCGUUGUGCCCAUCACUCUUCCCAAGACGAGAGCAUUCGUCCCGACCUUCCACUCGUGUCUGAUCUCUCGCAUAUAUUGCCUCGAACUCAGCAUUUCUUACCAUACGCCAAACGCUAAUAUCCUGACCCCCACGGCUACGUUAAAGAUCCCCAUCCAAUUCACAAGCCGGUCCCGGUCCGAUGCAAAGGCAAAGGGUUCUGAGCAUGAGAUCACCCAGCAUGAAGUCAAUGCAGAAUUCUUCAGCCCUCGCAGUGUCGCGCCCCCUACACUGGUCCAGGUGGCGCCACCAGAGUAUUCGGAGAAUCAAGGCCCGAUUCUACCUCCUGACCGUUCGAUCGAUCUGAUGUCUACAGUACGUGUCCCCAGGGUUAAUGCUGGAAGCGUGGGGACUGCUUGUUGAAGAUCUUCCCGCAUUCAACCCCGGAUGCAGGGCGUUUCACGAUUUACAAAAGUUCAUGUUUCCACGGCGUUGAGAGAAGGUGCUUUGUUUGAAUAUACCCGGAUUCUCUUUUUUCUUUUUGGUUGUAUGAAAUUCGCAUAGCAAUAACGCACCAGGGCGUUUUUGAUCGAGAUAUCCGUUUAUCGCCAGGGUCCGAAAUCAUGUUUGGAGUCUUU